CCAAACCCUAACCCAGAUCCACUCCCACUCCAGCCGCCGCUGCCCCCUUCUCCCUCCCAGAUCCAAUCCAAGUCAGAACCCCUCGCCCUCCCGUCCCCGGCCUCCAUCUCCAUUCCUGCGCGUGUCGGACACCUCCCUCCGGCAGAGCUCGACCCACACCGCCAAGCGCCGCUGCUCCACCCUCUCCCGCGCCCCUCAAUCCCAGAUCCCCGUCUCCAAGUUACCCUCUUCCUCCCUCAGAUCUCGAUCCGUCGUCCACCAUCGAUGACCCUCCCUAUAGACGAGAUCGAGCUCCUCCCUCCUCCUGUUCUCCCCCAGCCUUAUCCGCUCCGAGCCAACCAACCACCCUGUCCUUGGGAUUUUGCCGCGCGGCGCCUCGUCUCGCCGGCCUGGCGACCACAGGCAGGCAGUCCACGGCCAGGAUGGCGGCGUGCCCCGCCGCGACCACGUACACGCACAACACUCCGCGCCUCCCCUCCCUCUCCUGCGGUUCCUAACAGACGCACUCGUUGCGGUCGGCGUCCCCGGAGUUGGCGCAGGAGGGGCUGGCCGGCGUCCCCCGUCGACGUCCUCCUCCCUCUUGUCCUGCGUGAUCUGGAGGGGGAUGGAGCGGGCGGCCAUCAUCUGAGGCUAGGCCACGUCGGACCGGGAGGGGACCAUGGCGCCGCCCCAUCGCGGUUGUCCUCGUUCACCUCUGCUCCAGCAGCGUUGCCUUAGGAGAUGGGGGCCAUAGACCUUGGGAACCCGCUCCUCAACCGCACCGUCGACGGCUUCCUCAAGAUCGGCGCCGUGUUGUUGCUGGGGUGUAUGUAGGCAUGGAGUAUGGAGUGGAAAGGGCCAGUGGUGACUGUGACUCGUCCAGAAUGGGGCGUGGGAGAAGCUGCCGGCCGGCGGAUCUGUGUGAAAGCCACCAUUGAGAGGAACAAAAAGGCCAACCAUGACACAUCCAACUCUAGCACGGUUGCAGAAGUCAAUGCCCACUUUGCUAUCUUAGGAGAACCUGGUGUGCUAUAUGGGGAAGCAAAGCAGCAACCCACAACUCAACUUGUGACUCCAGAUGAAGGCACCACGACGCACCAUGAUUAUCCAUUGGAAGGGCUUCCGAGUUUGCACCCCGCCGUCCGGACGGAGCAAGGAGGGGUCAUCGUCCACACCGUGGAGUUGGUUGAGCCUUGAGUGCGACCUGGAGAAGUAGGGCAUUGUCUGGGGUCAUCUCUUCCUUUUGCCGUGCUGGGAUACUUGGUUGUACCCCGGGGAGUUGGUUGAGCCUUGAGUGCGACCUGGAGAAGUAGGGCAUUGUCUGGGGUCAUCUCUUCCUUUUGCCGUGGUAAGAAAUGAGCGCCACUCUUUGUCGUGCAUGUAUCGAAAUGGCAGAAAUGUUGAAUACAUGUUUGCUCUCAGCUGGGAUACUUGGUUGUACUUAGUUAUGUGAUUUAUUCAUGUUCGUGCUGCUUGUUAAGUGAUUAUCUGUAUGUCAUUGCUACCCCGUUGCAUAUCUCUCUUUUCUUGUGUGCUGCAUUGUAGAUAUGCUUGAUGGAGUGAAUGCUUUCAGUUCUGGUUGUGUCAAAUCUUUACUAUGUCCCAUGCUUAGUGUUUACUAUAUUGAGGCAUUGGCCAUCGGAAUUUCGGCGUGUAUGUAUAAUUUUAGUUCUGGAUGUGUCCAAUGCAAACAUUACUAUCAACUGUUAAAUUGAUUCUAAAAUUUCUCAUUAACUUCAUUUCAGACGAUGAUUUCUGGAUUUGGUACCAAUUUAUUGUUGGCAUGCAUGUGCUAUGUACCUUGCUUUGGUUUUAUGUAGCAAGUGCCUUAGUACCUUUUCUGUCAUGUGGUGUCCAUGGAUUGAAAUGUUGGCUGUUAUAUAUUGAUUGUAGUAUCAAAAAUGCCUCAAACCUGAAAUACUUAAAAUAGAUUGUUGUUCCUUUCUUGUUAGUUUUGAUACCCAUAUACCUGCCUUGUAUUAGCUCUUUCCUUUCGUGCAUGUUAAUUCAGUGUUUGUGUUGAUUUGAUGCCAAUGUUCAAAAACAAGAUUUUUAUGGAUGGGUUUAUGUGUUCUGCUGGUAUAUAUGCACACAGAAUGGCCUUCAUUAUUUUUGUAUCUGCUGUUAGAUUUGCUUUUAUUUUGUUUCUAACCAUUUUGUUCUAUAACAUGCACAUGCUGGCCUUUCAUGUUUUGUCGCGAGCAACAAGACGAAGAAGUCGGAAGAAGCAUAGUUCUAGCUCAUUGGAGCUAGUUCAAGGAGUAAUGAAGCCCUUGAUGCUGAUCUGUUGGAACAAACUGAAGCACGAACUUGGCUCAUGUGAUCCACUUGUAGAGCUUAUUAUACUGUGAUCGCAUUUGUAUGUGUGAUCACAUUUGUAUGUGUGUUAGAUGAUGUAACAUAUUGCUUCUUGUUAUUUGAAGUAUUACAUCUGUUUUCUGUCUA